AUGCACUUGUUCAAGUCGACGAUCGGUUUCGCAGCGGUUAUCGGGCUUGCGAGCGUGUGCGCCAAGCCUAAUAGUAAUCUCAUGGAAUGUACACCAGACUAUCCCUGGGGGUAUUGCGGAUCGAUCGAUUCUUAUACCUCGGAAAAACCUGUAAAAAAGCCGGCCACAUGGAAAAUUAUACCAGCUGCUCAGACACGAGCUACUGCACAGUUACAUGGGAUGAUCUAUAAACGCUGCAGCGACCCCUACGGCCAAGGAGCUUGGUGCUGUAAUGGCAAUCUCAACCCCGCCUAUAUGCCGGUGACUGGCCCCCGAUGGAUCAAUGACCAAAUGCUCAAAGAUAACUGCUUAGAAAGAAAGACAGCCUCACAAAUUUGA